AUGGAUGCUAUUUCGUCCUCAGGCGUGAGUCCAACAACCGGCUGUGAGGUGUUGAUUCGCUCGAUAUCAGAAUCGAACGUGCAGAGCGAAUUGCCGCCAAAAAUACGGAGGGUUCCACAGAUGCUGCGAGAACAAACCUCCAUUAAGAAGGAGUUCGAGAAAUUCUUUGAACCCAGGGUGGUGUCCAUCGGUCCUUACCACCACGGCAAUCCCAAGCUGAAGCUGAUGGAGGAGCUCAAGCCCAAGUUUGCACAUCGAUUCGUCUCCAGACUCAUUAAGGAUACUGCAAGUAGAGAAGCCGAUCAACACCAAUUUGGCACUUUAAUCAAUGAAUUUUAUCAUAAGAUUCAUAAAGAGAUCCAAGAGCUGAGGAAGCGCUAUGCGGAUGAGAACUCGACAAGCAAGUACGGAGACGAAGAUUUGGCGCGAAUGUUGUUCCUGGACGGGUGCUUCAUUCUGCAGUUCAUCGAGAACCGCCAGGGAACGAACUCCGAACAACCGCAGAUGAUGAAGAGUCACUACGAGGCAUUCGUGGAGCAGGACUUGUUCUUGUUGGAGAACCAACUCCCCUUCAAAGUCCUUCAGAUUCUAGCGGAAAAAACACAAUCCCACCAAAGUAAUGCUAGUAAGGAUGGUCACUUUGCUAUGAUCGAGAAAUUCAUCUAUAAGAACAAUAAGAUCGCAGAGCCGAAAAAUGAUGAGAAAAACAAUCGGUGGGAAACCCAGCCGCCGGCCCAUCUCCUCGAAAUGCUGUGGAGAAUUCUCCUCAAUUUCAAUCAACACAAACCGGAAUUAGUUGAGACACACAAAUGGUGGAAACCCCAGCAGCUCGCCCAUCUCCUCAAGCCGCUGCGGAAAAUUCUCAAUUGCAAUCAACACAAGCCAGAGCCAGAUGCUGCCGCAAAAAUGGACAAGCAAAACACGCCAACAAAACCAGAUGGUACAGCAGAAGUAAACAAGCUAAACACAGAUGCAAAUGCAGGUGAUAAUCGUUCGCGCCGCAAUAUUGUAAAAGAGAUUUUCGUUGGGUGGAUCGAAAAAGUAUCAUCUCAAAAAUGUCCGAACCGGGUUUCCAAUGGCUUCUCUUACCGCAACGUGAAGGAGCUCACGGCCGUGGGGAUCAAGAUGAAAUGCAGCAAGAGUAGCUAUUUAACCGAUGUUUCCUUCGAAAGUCCCGCUUUCCUAUUCGGCCAGUUGAGGCUUCCCCCCAUCACUAUGGACGACUCGACCGGCCCCAAGUUCAUGAACUUGAUGGCCUAUGAAAUGUGCCCUGACGUCACCGAUGAUGACUUCCGGGUCACGUCCUAUGUCUGCUUCCUCGACUCCCUCAUCGACCAUGCGGACGAUGUGAAGGAGCUGAGGAAGGCGCGCGUGAUCCACAACCUCCUCGGCAGCGACGAGGAGGUGGCCAAGCUCUUUAACGAUAUCGGCACCGAUCUCGUGCCCAAUUCCACGACUUACAGGAAGGUAAUGGAAAAUAUUCAGAUACACUACGAUAGUAAGGUAAAGUCAUGGAUUGCCGUCUUCAUUGACCGCCAUUUCAGUACGCCUUGGACUGUCUUAGCCACUUUGGCUGCCCUUUAUGCCCUCUUCCUCAGCAGUGCGCAAACUUACUUUCAAGUCUUCCCUCGACCCGGCGCUUGCGAUCCCAUUUGCGAGUAUAUUAUUAGAAGAACACACAUAUGA